GAGCAUUAGUGACAAAGGGAUGGGAUUGGGAUAGGAUAGGAUUGAAUAUGGCGGAAUAAUGGAGUUUGUGAGCAUUGGAACUUGGUUCGAAGUUUGAGUACCUGCUGGUUACAAUGUCAUCAAGGGAAGGAAGAAUUGGAAGUAAUUUGUCUCCAGAAUCCAUUAAAGUAACAGCAGAAUCUGUUGGAAUAUCUAAUCUUCCAGAUGAAUCGGCCAAAGAACUGGCAGAAGACAUCAGCUAUCGGUUGAAAAUUAUUAUUCAGGAUGCUCAAAAGUUUAUGGGCCAUGCUAGAAGAGCAAAGCUAACAACAGGAGACAUUAAUAUGGCAUUGAAAGUAAAAAAUGUUGAACCACUAUAUGGUUUUUCUGCUCCGGAAUUUAUACCAUUCCGAUUUGCAAGUGGAGGGGGAAGAGAAUUACAUUUUACUGAAGAAAAGGAAUUAGAACUGAAUGAUAUUAUCAGAGGACAAACACAGAAAUUACCAUUAGAUGUAACACUAAAAGCUCAUUGGCUAAGUAUAGAAGGUGUUCAACCAACAAUUCCUGAAAAUCCUCCUCCAGUGUCCAAAGAACAACAGAAAGCAGAAAGUAUAGAUCCAGCAGUAAAGGUGAACAAACCUGGAAGCAGUGGAUUGACCCCUGCUACAGGAAAACCUGCUGGAAGUGGAAAGAAAGAUAGAGCCAGACAUGUGGAAGUGGUCAGGGUUAAACAGUUAGCUACACAUGAACUCUCUGUGGAGCAACAGUUGUAUUACAAAGAAAUAACAGAGGCCUGUGUUGGUUCAGAUGAAGUUCGUAGAUUGGAAGCUUUGCAGAGCUUAAACUCUGAUCCAGGUCUUCAUCAAAUGUUGCCUAGUCUUUGUACUUUCAUUUCAGAAGGGGUGAAGGUGAAUGUUGUACAAAAUAACCUAGCAUUGCUAAUUUAUUUGAUGAGAAUGGUUUUUUCUCUGCUAGAGAAUCAGACUCUGUACCUGGAGAAAUAUCUUCAUGAACUCAUCCCUGCUGUUGCUACCUGUAUUGUCACCAAGCAACUAUGCAAUCGACCAGAAGUAGACAACCACUGGGCACUAAGAGAUUUUGCUGCCCGCCUGAUGGCUCAGAUUUGCAAGAGUUUCAACACAAGUACCAAUGGUAUUCAGACCAGGGUGACUCGCAUGUUCAGCCAGGCUCUUCAGAAUGACAAGAUGCCACUUGCCUCUCACUAUGGAGCUGUCUCUGGCCUUUGUGCUAUGGGUCCUGAGGUGACCCGAGUGUUUGUUGUGCCUCGGAUCAAGUUAAUUGGAGAAAAAAUUCGUCAUGCUCUAGAUGAAACACAAGUGAGAAUUAACGUGGAGAGAAUUGCUGGUGAACGAAUCAAGCAGCUUAUUUUAAGGGCUGUACCUCCACAACUAAAGACCUUCCGUUCUCCUCCUGAUGAUUUGGAAGAGUACAAGUCAGAGUUUGGUUAUCUUGGACCCAUGCUACAUGCAAAUGUUCUUGUUGCUAGACAUCAACCUACCACUUCAACAUCAACUUCAAGAUCUUCUACUACAGUAACACAGUCUGCACGAAUCAUACAAACGUCAUCUUCUCGGACACCAACUAUUUUCACCGUUCCUCGAGGAUCUUCUACACCAGGAGAACCUUCUCCUCCUCCACAAAAGUAUUUGAUUGUUACAUCUAACCCCCGACCUUCAACACCUUCUUCAACAAUGGCACCUGCCAGCCAGGGAUCAACUAGUAUGAGUAACACACCAACUUUAGUCAAACUUGUUUCAGCUGCAGCGUCAUCACACAGCCUGCCUGGAAAAGGUAUCACAUGUAAUGUACCCAUCACCAAAGUCAUGGUUAUGAGUGUUCCUCAGUCCUCUACUACAUCAUCAAUUAUUCUCAGUCAGCCUUCAGUUGUGUCUUCAGCCAUAGGUGUGACAAGUGCCUACUCCUCCUCCAGUCGACCUUCAACCCCAGACACACCAAUAUCCAACCCACCAACCACACCAUUUCUUAAAGAAUGUGAAUAGGGCAAACUAUUGCUCAUAUUCAUUUGAGAAGAUGUGUUUCAAAAUAAUUUUCUUGAACAAGUAGAAAAACACAUACAAAACCUGUUAACAUGAUCUCUCUCUCUCUCAUUGUGUAGCAGGAACGUUAAGUAUUCUGAACUAAUCAUCUCGUAUGAAAAAUGGAAGUACUAGCUGUACUGCUGUUUCACAUCCAGAAGUGAAAAUAGUUGAUUAAAUGAUAAUUUUUACAAAUGGGAUUUAACUUCAAAGACCUUAUCUCAGAUUGAAAGUUUCCCAAACAGAAUCUUCACAAAUUACAAGUGAUUUUUUUUUUACAAUUUCCUCUUGAUGUUUUAGAUGUUACAAAUGAUCAUCAAGCUAAAAUAUUUUAUUAUUAUUAUCUUACAAUGUAAAAAAAAAAAAGAUUUGUUUUCAAAUCACCAUUUAUUAUAUCACUAAAAAUUAAUUUGGUCUUCGCUGUAAAUGAUACCUCUCAAUUGGAUGUCAUGAAGUUGUGCAUUGUUUAGCUACUAACUCCACUUUAAAGUAUAGCAUUUGACUAAUUAUUGAUUCCCUUCAUACUGGUUUUGAAUUCUUGUGUAUAGUAUGCUUAUUUGUAUUUUCUGUAACUUCUCAAUUCUUAAUCUUUGGUUUCCACUUUGUGUUAUUUUUGAUUCCUAUAAUGUUUACUGUUUCAAGAUGUACAUAAUAUAAUUUUUUGGUGAUGAAUCUCCUUUGUAAGAUGGGUGGAUUUUUGUCAAAAUAACACAAGUGCUGUAAUACAUCACAUGAAACAUCUAAUAAAACACUUAGAUGUAACAUUA